UAUAUAUAUAUAUAUAUAUAUAUAUAUAUAUAUAUAUAUAUAUACACACACACACACACAAUAAACCACGACCAUACAUGCUUGUACUACAAGGCGUUUAUUCAGAAUAAAAGUAUUACAGUAUGUCCGUCUGUUUAAGACAUCUACAAAAGUACAACUGGUGUUUUGGAAACUUAAAGGUAUUUCGUCUCUUCAAAGUUCAUUUUCCAAGUGCCAUUUCACAGAAAACAAUGAUGACUCACUUUUGAAUAUUGGGUGUAUACUGUACAUUUUGGAUACAGAAAUGGAUGAAUGUGUGUGUGUGUCUUAUUCCCUGCUUCUGGAGUUUUGAAAGCAGUGGAAAUGUUUUUUCCUCGGCUCCUGGUGUGUCGCCGUCGCUGUUCACGUCCUGUGCUACUUUUAGGGGUAGCAAUCUGUCUUUAUCAAACCUUAAUGAUAGCAAAGGAACGGUUUAAAUCCACUACUACUAACAGUAACGGGACACCAGAGGGUCAAUUCAACGAAAUACUCCCAAGGAAUCAACAGAGUCUAUUUGCUUUGCUGGAUACUUUAAAGAACUUAACAGACGUUGAAUAUUUUCAUAGUAUGCAGGCUGGAGUCCUGAGGAAAGCAGUUCUGUUACCUGGGCAGCACUCAACGAGCGAAACAGAGAUCCAGCUCUAUCGACGUGUCUUUUCACAGCAUGGGUAUUUGGUCAGUGUAUCGAGAUUUGCUGAGAAGAGCCACAUCUUCAAACAAGAAACCAAUGAGCAAAAUGGCGUUAUUACCCGGGAUAUCUUAAUUUGUUUACAAAGUUCUGAAACAAACUGUCCUAAAAGCAAAUACUUUGACAAACUAAAACCUCAUCAGAAGGUAAACACCAUUCCUUGGAUUAAACACGCAUUCUUUGGUAAUGAUGGAGUAUGUCACCUGCUUGACAGAUUGGCAGAGCUGCAGAUUCCAGUUGCUUCCUCUGUUUGCGGGGAUCACAGUGUUCAGCCAGCAGAUACCAGCAGGACUGCCAAGGCUGGGAGGUUCCAGACAAAUGCUCCUCUGAGGCCUAUAAUGGGACACAGUGUUUCUGCCAUCGUCAAAGUGUAUGUGCUCGUUACAUCUGUAACACCUCUGACAGCGUUCCUUCAUUCAACUGGACUGGCUAAGAGUGGCCUUGUUAAAAACAGCUAUGCAACAAAGCUGCAUACGUUUUUUGAGAAAUACCUUGGAACAGAUGCCUCACUGCAGGCUUUGGAAAACGUGAAGGAGACCUUAGGCAAGCUUUUAAUGGCAGCAGAUAUAUUGAGUGAAAUGUCAACCACGGGACCAAAGACAUUGAAGAGAUGUAGAUUAUGUUUUCAGCUGCUGACCUUCACCCUUGGGUUUAAUUCUUCCUUAGUCCCCACAUUUCUUAAGGUACAGGAUGAAUUGGACUUGGAAGAUCUAGAAGAUCCGGGUUUUGAUGGUCAAAUCACAAAAGAAAUUAUCCUUGAAGAUACAUUAAACUUUGUAUUACCCAGCUACAGUGAAAUCGACAGACUACAGGAAGCCUUCCAAAACAGGAGCACGGAAUUAGGUGCAAAGGAUGAAGGAUGCAUCCAAAUUCAAGGCCUGUGUCUUACUUCUGAGGACUUUGCAUUAAUUAUUCAGUUUCUAAGGAAACUGAAAAGCCCAGGAGCUUUUGAAUUGCUUUAUCCGUCGGCUUCUCCCAAACUCCAAAGACUGUUGAAGGAUAUCGUCAAGAGAUUUCACCAAAAAGUAGAAACUUCUGUCAUUCAAACAAAUGUCUUCCUCACAGAGUUACUACAAACACUCUACACAGUCAACUUGCAAAGCAGCAUUAUAAACUCUUCAUGGACCACAGACCCUGAUAAUCUCAGAAGAGUGCCAUUUGGUGUUUUUGAAAAGACCAAACAACAACUUGAGAAGUGUGCGCUCCCCCACAUCAGACAGAUCUACACCGACCCCCCACUGGAGCUAACGCCCCCGUUUAGUCCCAAGAUUAAAGAUUACUACUGCGAAGUGCCUUUCGAUGUGGUGACAGUGAAGAUAAGAGCAGAGCCUGUUGACUGUCACUGCCAGGUGCACCUGGAUGAUAGGAAGGGACCCAGAACGGCUAAUUACCCAGUCGGCCUUGGCAACAGCAGAAUCAAUAUCUUGGUGGUGGACGAAUCUCAGCCAGAGCCUGUUGUCGUGACAAUAUAUGCCAUCAACAUUUACAGAGAAAACAGGCCCAGCCUGCCCAUAUUUGAUGAAUAUAUGAUGUGCGGAUUUCUACAGGACUGCGGUUUGAUAAUUCAGCCUGAGGAGCCCUGUGGCUUGGAGUCUCUCCCCAGCAGCCACCUCUCUCUGGGUUCCCAGGGUCAGGUACAGGCCUGCAACUCUGGAGAUGCCAAAGGCCGUUGGAUUGUUCCAUGUCUGAGCUGCGCUGAUAACAGAACCUGUGACUGGAGAGAGGUAUCUUGGCAACCAGAAAACUGUUACCAUCCGGUGUUAAACAGGUCUCAGCUCCAAACAUGCAUGGCAGGAAAAAAGGUUAUCUUUAUCGGUGAUUCAACAAACAGAGGUAUGAUGUACUACCUCAUGGAGCGUGUGAACGAGACUCUCGAGGAAUGGGACAAGGCUCAUGACACUAAACUUUAUCACAAUGUCAACAGUGAAAACACUCCACUCAGCUAUUCUUAUUACCCUCAGUUCUGGCUCAGCAAAGACCAAAGACCAACAUUUGAAAAGGCUUUAGAGCAGCUUAUACAAAGAUCCCAACCUCUAGAAAACACAGACCAAACCGUGCUCGUUGUAGGAGGUGUUCAGUGGCUUAAUACCAAUCACCUGCAAAUUAUACAGAAGGUCUUGAAAAGAGAGAAUCUUUCAAGCAUCCUUGUUGUGAUGAAGUCAUUAGGAAUGGGAUUUCAUCUCCCAGCAGAUGGGAUCCGAUCUCUUUCUCUGAAUGGUGUUAAGGAUCUUUAUACUGAAAAUACCCAAAUCCUCACUGCUGCAAAGAAGUAUGGCUAUGAAGUCAUUGAUACCUUCAGUAUUACAAUGGGCCGCUACAAGGAGUUCCUUCAGGGGAGGUGUGCCUGCCAUUUUCACGAGGUAGGGAAGCUUACAUUUCCUAAAGCGACUAUUCACAGAAAAAUGAAGCUCUCCAGACACUCUGGGGAAGGUUUCAGUAGUAACAGCAAGCUACCAGGACUGCAAGACUUUUUGUCCAUUUCUAACUCGCCUUAUCAUGUCAAAGGUCCAAUAAAUCAAGUUUAUUCUGAAAUCCUUCUUAGCAGGAUCUGCUUGAAUAAAAGGAGGCGUACCAGCACAUAACCCCAGUAAGAUAAAGUCUACUGCAAAGACUAAGACUCCCUGUUUCCCUCGAGAUCAGUCCAAGAACCACAUUGACUCUGAUCCAUUCAACUGUGAUUGGCCUCAAGCAGCACAACCAAAGAUAUGUGACACAUUCCUUGGCUUUAUGAGAUCAAGAUGUGCCCCUGUAGAUCUGUGGUUUUAGAAUGGCAGAUGGAGAGAGACAGAAAACCAACGCGACUUGAUGUCUUGCCAAAACUGAAUAAAACAGCUGUAGACAAAGCAAAAUAUUUCACAUAAAGUGAUGUAGACAGUGAUAGAUUUGAUGACCCAUAUAAAGCUGCUAUGAGAACCUUUUUAGGUGGUUAUAAAAGGAGGUGUAUUUUCUAUUUAAGAGCCCCAUGAAUGACUUGAUAUGCCUUGUAAAGUACGUGACGUUUAAGGACUGUUACAGCUUUCAGUAAUCAGGGCAAUGACAUUCUGAUAAGCUAAUCUGUUGAUGGUUUAAAAGGUGCAGCAAAAGAGGUAACAUUUCUGCUAAUGUUUCUAUACUGUACCUCACUGAGUGUAUACAUUUACUUUCUAAUUUCAAGACAAAUUAUUAUGCCAAAAGCAUAAUGUUUUUUUUAAUCCACCCAUCUUAUUUGGUAAGUGUGCAACAGAAGUGUUAUAUUUUUUUUAUACAGAUUUUUUCUUGAGAUGAGAUAUUUCAAAGCUCGUAUUUUUGGGCCAUUGAAGUAUAUAUUUUGUAUGUUGUUAAAAUUAAUUUUUGGUAAUAUAAUAAAUGCAUUUAAUGCCAAGGUUUUCCAAGAUUUCUACACUUCUUGAUAGUUAGAUAAGAAACUAGAGACCAACUGAAAAGUUGCUGAUAAGCUAGACCAUUUUGUAAUCUUCAAGUAUUUGCCCUGUUUUUAUAUUUUUGUUACAUUAUAUUGAGAGGGAAAUUGUUGUUUCAUUUAUAAUUUAAAUCAUCAUUCUAUGUUUUACAUUUCAAAUAUUUCUGAUACAUUGUAACUAGAAGAUUUAUAUCUGAAGCAAUAAUAUGUAUCACAUUCUUGCAUUGAAACACUUGAAAAGCCUUAAUUUCUAAAUUUGAAGUUUGUCACCCAUAGCACUUGUUCAAUAUUGUAUUUUUAUAUUGCUACACCUUUUUUUUGAGAAAAUAAAUGUGCUAUAUAAAAUACAUUUUAGUAUAUUCUUUAGGAUCUGCACUCAAAAUUGUUUUGAAAUAAAGUACUUUAUAAA